AUGACCGAGUGUACAAGCCUUCAGUUUGUCAGUCCUUUUGCUUUUGAGGCAAUGCAGAAGGUGGAUGUUGUUCGUUUGGCAUCUUUAAGUGAUCCAGAAUUGAGACUUCUCCUGCCCUGCUUGGUGCGGAUGGCACUUUGUGCACCUGCUGACCAGAGCCAGAGCUGGGCUCAGGAUAAAAAACUUAUCCUUCGUCUUCUCUCUGGAGUGGAAGCUGUCAAUUCUAUUGUUGCAUUGCUGUCUGUGGACUUUCAUGCUUUAGAACAGGAUGCCAGCAAAGAGCAACAGCUUAGGCAUAAACUUGGAGGAGGCAGUGGAGAGAGCAUCCUGGUGUCACAGCUUCAGCAUGGACUGACUUUAGAGUUUGAACACAGCGAUUCACCUCGUCGACUGCGUCUUGUGCUUAGUGAACUGUUGGCAAUUAUGAACAAGGUAUCUGAGUCCAGUGGAGAAUUUUUUUUUAAAUCAUCUGAGCUAUUUGAGAGUCCAGUCUACUUGGAGGAAGCUGCAGAUGUACUUUGUAUUUUACAAGCAGAGCUCCCUUCCCUGCUUCCUAUAGUUGAUGUAGCUGAAGCCUUGCUCCAUGUUAGAAACGGCGCCUGGUUCUUGUGUCUGUUGGUGGCCAAUGUUCCUGAUAGUUUUAAUGAAGUUUGUAGGGGCCUGAUCAAAAAUGGAGAACGACAAGAUGAAGAGAGUCUUGGAGGAAGGCGGAGGACGGAUGCUUUACGCUUCUUAUGUAAAAUGAAUCCUUCUCAGGCCCUGAAGGUCCGAGGCAUGGUGGUGGAAGAAUGUCACUUGCCAGGUCUUGGAGUGGCUUUGACAUUGGAUCAUACUAAAAAUGAAGCUAGUGAAGAUGGAGUGAGUGACUUGGUUUGUUUUGUUAGUGGUUUGCUUCUUGGAACAAAUGCAAAAGUCCGGACCUGGUUUGGAACUUUUAUCCGAAAUGGACAGCAGAGAAAAAGAGAGACCAGUAGUUCUGUCCUUUGGCAAAUGAGAAGGCAGCUUCUUCUGGAGUUGAUGGGCAUUCUUCCCACAGUAAGAAGUACCCGCAUUGUGGAAGAAGCUGAUGUGGAGAUGGAGCCCAAUGUGUCUGUGUAUUCGGGGCUGAAAGAAGAGCAUGUUGUGAAAGCCAGUGCACUCUUACGUCUGUACUGUGCUUUGAUGGGGAUCGCUGGACUCAAACCAACUGAGGAAGAAGCUGAGCAACUACUGCAGUUGAUGACAAGCCGUCCUCCUGCAACACCAGCUGGGGUUCGCUUUGUUUCACUCUCCUUUUGUAUGCUGCUGGCCUUUUCUACCCUUGUCAGUACUCCUGAACAGGAGCAGCUGAUGGUAGUAUGGCUAAGCUGGAUGAUCAAAGAAGAAGCUUAUUUUGAAAGUACUUCAGGCGUCUCUGCUUCUUUUGGGGAGAUGUUAUUAUUGGUCGCUAUGUACUUUCAUAGCAACCAGCUCAGUGCUAUCAUUGAUUUGGUCUGUUCCACUUUGGGAAUGAAGAUUGUAAUUAAGCCAAGCUCCUUGAGCAGGAUGAAGACUGUCUUCACACAGGAAAUUUUUACUGAGCAGGUUGUCACAGCUCAUGCAGUUCGAGUCCCUGUCACCAGCAACCUGAGUGCCAACAUUACUGGAUUUUUGCCUAUUCAUUGCAUUUACCAGCUUCUGAGGAGUCGUUCCUUCACCAAACACAAAGUAUCAAUAAAAGACUGGAUUUAUAGACAGCUCUGUGAAACCUCCAUUCCACUCCAUCCUCAAUUACUUCCUCUGAUUGAUGUGUACAUAAAUUCUAUACUUACUCCUGCAUCUAAAUCUAAUCCAGAAGCCACAAAUCAGCCGGUCACAGAACAGGAGAUACUCAAUAUUUUUCAAGGAGUCAUUGGGGGUGACAACAUCCGCCUUAAUCAGCGUUUCAGUAUCACAGCACAGCUCUUGGUGCUUUAUUAUAUUCUGUCUUAUGAAGAAGCUCUCCUAGCAAACACCAAGACUUUAGCUGCCAUGCAAAGAAAACCCAAAUCAUAUUCAUCUUCUUUAAUGGAUCAGAUUCCUAUCAAAUUCCUUAUUCGACAGGCUCAAGGACUUCAGCAGGAGUUGGGAGGGUUGCAUUCUGCUUUACUCCGUCUCCUUGCAACCAAUUACCCACAUUUAUGCAUCGUGGAUGAUUGGAUCUGUGAAGAGGAAAUCACAGGGACAGAUGCCUUGUUAAGGAGAAUGCUUCUGACUAAUAAUGCCAAAAACCACUCUCCUAAACAACUUCAAGAAGCGUUUUCAGCUGUCCCAGUAAGUCACACGCAAGUGAUGCAGAUUCUAGAACACUUGACUCUGCUUUCUGCCAGUGAGCUUAUACCAUAUGCAGAAGUAUUAACAUCCAACAUGCAUCAGCUGUUGAAUUCAGGGGUUCCACGGCGAAUUCUUCAAACAGUCAAUAAACUCUGGAUGGUUCUGAAUACUGUGAUGCCUAGGAGGCUGUGGGUAAUGACAGUUAACGCACUUCAACCAUCGAUAAAGUUUGUACGACAGCAAAAGUAUACUCAGAAUGACCUGAUGAUAGAUCCUCUCAUUGUACUAAGAUGUGAUCAGAGGGUAUACAGAUGUCCCCCACUGAUGGAUAUUACUCUGCACAUGUUGAAUGGGUAUCUUCUGGCAUCCAAAGCCUACCUUAGUGCUCAUCUGAAGGAAACAGCAGAGCAAGAUAGGCCUUCUCAGAAUAAUACGAUAGGUUUAAUUGGACAAACUGAUGGCCCAGAAGUUACCAGAGAAGAACUGAAAAAUGCAUUACUGGCUGCUCAGGAUAGUGCAGCAGUCCAGAUUCUCUUGGAGAUCUGCUUACCUACUGAAGAGGAGAAGGCAAAGGGGGUCAAUCCAGACAGCUUGCUAAAGAAUGUUCAAAGUGUUAUUACCGCCAGCACUCCAAAUAAGGGAAUGGAGGAAGGAGAAGACAAUUUGCUCUGUAACCUUCGAGAAGUUCAGUGCCUUAUCUGUUGCCUGUUGCACCAAAUGUACAUCGCAGAUCCCAACAUUGCUAAACUUGUUCACUUUCAGGGUUACCCAUGUGAACUCUUGCCUCUGACGGUCGCUGGUAUUCCGUCUAUGCACAUCUGUCUGGAUUUCAUACCUGAGCUAAUUGCACAGCCAGAACUUGAAAAACAGAUAUUUGCUAUCCAGUUGCUUUCUCACUUGUGUAUCCAGUAUGCAUUACCAAAGUCACUGAGUGUGGCUCGCUUAGCUGUCAAUGUCAUGGGAACUUUGCUAACAGUUUUAACACAGGCUAAGCGAUAUGCUUUUUUCAUGCCAACUCUGCCAAGUUUGGUCUCUUUUUGUCGAGCGUUUCCUCCACUGUAUGAGGAUAUUAUGUCUUUGCUGAUCCAAAUAGGGCAAGUUUGUGCCUCUGACGUUGCCACUCAGACAAGAGACAUUGAUCCAAUUAUUACACGUCUUCAACAAAUAAAGGAGAAACCAGGUGGAUGGUCUGGACUCAGUAAAGAUCCGUCUUAUAAAAAUGGACCUGGGGACACUGGAAGCAUGGAUCCUGAUGUACAGCUCUGUCAUUGUAUUGAAAGCACAGUAAUUGAAAUAAUAAACAUGAGUGUUAGUGGAAUUUAA